GUUCUUCAAGAUGUUCUUUGCAGUCGUACUGUCGUUUUCCCUCUUCCCUUGCCUCUAUGCGCAGUUCUUCAGCCCUGUUCAAAAGAGAGAAACAUGGAGGAUAGGAGAAACAAAGAGUAUCUCCUACAACGCAAAGUUCAAAAACUACACAAUAGCACUUUGGCAACAAUCCCUAGUUGGCGACUCUGCAAGCGUCGGAGACAUCCUGUUUUCCAUCCGAACUUCAGAGGAUGGCUCAGGUCCCGUCAAAGAGCUUACAUGGACAGUCGCGGCGAACAAGUUUGACUUGGGUUCGUCGAAUGUCUUUUUCCUCUGGCUAUUCGAGGGCGACCCGUCUCAUCAGGGAAACUUUGACUUCCAACAAAUGUCCUCGGCGUACUUCAACAUCACCGACGAGCCCGAAAUACCAAAAGUAACCCUACCGCUGUUAACAUCCACAACUGCGGUGAUCACUUCAACCUCCGAGCUUCCAACAAGCACUCAAGCCCUUUCAUCUGUAUCUUCAGCAGAAACCUCGACCCAACAAACAAUUGUCAGUGGAGGACAGACCGCGUCUGCUGGAACACCGACUUCCACUGUCAGCCAGAGCAGCAGCGCUGAGGCUUCCGGUGGUGGUGGUGGUGGUUUACCCGUCGGAGCGCAGGCUGGUAUCGGAGUUGGUGUUGGCGUUAUCGGAAUUACUUGCGUGGUCUGCGCCAUUACGUGGUGCAGGUAUCUCAAGCGACACCAGAAAGCUCUUGAUAAUUUGCAGGAGAUGGCGUUAUCACAACCUCCUGCAUACAACCGCGAUUCAGCAAGAUUAGCACCAGCGGUGGUUGAGGCGCCCCAGUCACCGGCUAGAUCAAACGGCUUCUACAUCAGUUCAAAGCCUGUCGAGAUUGGUUGA